GCAACCGAAGCGACGCCGGCCGGGAGGAGAGGCGUUAGGCGGGGCGGCGGCGGCGUCGGGGCUCGGCCCGUGGGGGCCCGGGAGCAGCUGACCAUGGAGCCCCAGAAAAUCACACCAUCCUCAAAACCUCAUCCACCUGUUGUGGGCAAAGUGACUCAUCACAGCAUUGAAUUGUACUGGGAUCUGGAGAAGAAAGCUAAGCGGCAAGGACCUCAGGAGCAGUGGUUCAGGUUUUCCAUUGAAGAGGAGGACCCCAAAAUGCACACUUACGGUAUCAUUUAUACGGGAUACGCGACCAAGCACGUUGUGGAAGGUCUGGAGCCCCGGACUCCGUAUCGGUUUCGACUGAAGGUUACCAGCCCCUCUGGAGAGUUUGAGUACAGCCCAGUGGUCGCCGUGUCUACGACCAGGGAGCCUAUAAGUAGCGAGCACUUUCAUAGAGCUGUCAAUGUGAAUGAUGAAGAUUUGCUGGUUCGAAUACUUCAAGGAGGCAACGUGAAGGUGGAUGUUCCCAAUAAGCUUGGCUUUACCGCUCUGAUGGUCGCUGCGCAGAGAGGGCACACCAGGCUUGUGAAAAUCCUCGUUUCUAACGGCACAGACGUGAAUCUGAGGAAUGGAAGUGGCAAGGACAGUCUCAUGCUCGCGUGCUAUGCGGGGCACCUCGAUGUGGUGAAGUAUCUCCGAAGACAUGGCGCUUCCUGGGACACCAGAGACCUCGGCGGCUGCACAGCCCUGCACUGGGCUGUGGACGGGGGCCACUGCGGUGUGAUUGAGUGGAUGAUCCAGGACGGCUGUGAGGUGGACGUGGUGGACGCGUGCUCACGGUGGACCCCGCUCAUGAGGGUCUCUGCGGUCUCGGGGAACCAGAAGGUCGCCUCUCUGCUGAUCGAUGCAGGAGCAGAUGUGAACGUGAAAGAUAAAGACGGAAAGACACCUCUAAUGGUGGCCGUGCUAAACAAUCACGAAGAGCUAGUCCAGUUACUUCUCGACAAAGGGGCAGAUGCAAGUGUUAAAAAUGAGUUCGGCAAAGGUGUCCUAGAAAUGGCCAGAGUUUUUGACAGACAGAAUGUCAUCUUCUUAUUAGAAGAAAGGAAAAAAAAGCAAAUGCCGAAGAAGUCAUCUGUUCGCUGACCUGGGGGCCUCUUAUCUCUGAAAGCCAAGUGAAGCAAAGCAGAAUGGGACUUGAACUAGAGGGCGAUACAUUUGAUUAUUUAUUUAGCUGAAGAUGCACAGUGACUUUUGUAACAUACGCGUGUUCCCACUUUGAAAUACAUCUCUUUACCUAA